UGUACAGAUCAAUCGAUUGGCAGCCAUUACGAUGAGCGGGAAAACGCAUAAGACUCGAUAUUACAACUCAUCAGUUCUAUGCCAUAGGGCAUCACAAACAGUUUGGCGUUGAAAAUUGUGAGUCGCGCGCCCGAGCGGUAUGUUUGUUAGAUGUUGUAAACUUUUUGUAACGGUUAAAUGUGAAAAAGGGUGUGUUGUUUUAUUACACGAAAUUUCUAUCAAAAGUGAAACGACGCGUUAUUUAAGUAAUAUAAAAAAAAAUUGUGUUAAUUGUUUCACACGCUUUUAAUUGCUUAGUGAAUUUCUUUUGCUUGCCACAUAAAUUAUAAAAUUUGUUAUUGAAGUUUGUUCGCAUUCCGAAUGCAGUCAACGCGUUAUUUGAUUUUUCUAUUUGGUGGACUGCUUUUCCUGACACUACCCCAAAUUUAUGGCACCACAUUUUUGUCCCAUCACAUGCACAAAUGGAAAGCGUUCGUGAGUUCGAUGCGUUACAUUCAGGAAACAAUGCUGCGCACCAGCUUGAAUCGGGCAGCACCAAAUCUCGGGAUCGUCUUUGAGUGUCGUACAUUGUCGAAUAUGAAUUUGGGAGAUGAGGCUCACUUUGAGCUGCAAUUGGGUGAUAUGCGUGGCUUUCAUCGUCUGGAUCCGCGCAGAAAGUUGGCGCUAUUUCUACAUGGCUGGAACGACGAGGGCAGCAAGGAAUGGGUACAGGAUAUGUUAAAAUUCUGGACUCAUUUCGAUCCAAAUUAUAGCGUUUGCGUUGUCGAUUGGGGUAAUCUGUCGCAGGGGGACUACAAGACCGUUUCAAUGUCGAUAUUCGACGUUGGUCUCACCGUAGCUGGCAUUAUUAUGUCCAUGGAGAAUUUACGUCCAAACCGUUUUACGCGGCGCAACGUCACAUUAGCCGGUUACAGUUUGGGUGCGCAUGCAGCUGGCUAUGCUGGCGCUAUUCUCAAUGGCGAAGUUGAACAAAUCAUCGGCCUUGAUCCUGCAGGGCCGCUCUUCACAUUGCCCGCUGCGGUAUCACCGGAUUUUCGUCUAGAUCGCACUGACGCACAAUUCGUACAAGUAUUACACACAUCUGGCGGCACAUUGGGCACCAGCAUUAAAUCGGGGCAUGCAGACUUUUAUCCGAAUGGUGGGAAGGCGCCACAACGACAUUGUCAAGUUUUAGUUUCAAAUAUACAAAACAAUGCGGUGGCGUGCAGCCACAGCUCAUCGGCUGUGUUUUUCAAACAAUCCAUGAAUCCGGCAUUUCCGUUCGUCGGCUACCAUUGCAGCAGCUAUGAAAAGUUUGCGCUUGGUCAGUGCGCGCAAAACCAUCGCGGGCGUUUCGGCAUCCAUUCGCAACGACGCAGUCAUGGCGAUUUCUACUUCGACACGGAAUCACAAGCGCCUUUCGUGCAACGCAGACAGUGGCAAAGGCGGCGGCGUCACAAGCAACAGCAGCGGUGGCGUCGACGACAGCAUGUGGAUGCCUUGGCCGCUUUGGGAAAGAACGCUUUCGCGGUAGCAGCGGUGCCGUCAGCGUCGGAAGCAGUAAUAAAGCCGUGGCAACGUAUUUGGCGACGUCGGCGCAUACAUUAA